GAAACUCAAAAUGAUAACGCUCUGACUGACGCCCAAAAAACUAUUGAGGAAUUAAAACGAGAUAAGGAAAAUAUUGAUACAGAAUUAGUAAAUGUUAAGCAGCAAUUACAAGAAGCCAACGAAAAAAUUAAGGCAAAAGAAAAUGAAUUAGAGGUGGUUAAUGAGGAUUUGAAAAGCGAGCAAUUAAAUACCGAGGAUAAAAAUAACGAAAUAGAGAGAUUAAACGGCCAAAUAACCGAAUUACAGACCAAAAUUGUCGAAAAUAAUUUGGUAAUAGCCAACUCAGUAAGCCAAGAGGAUUAUAACGGGGCAGUGGCCGAAAGAAAUAGACGUCCGAAUAUCAGCCAAGCCGAAUAUGAAAAAGUGGUAGCAGAAAGAGACGAAUACAGCAAACGACCAACGAAGGGACAAUUAGAUAAUGCGGCAGAAAAUAAGAAAAGCGGACUAAAAACGGAGGCGGAAGUAAACGAAGCGGUUAACAAUGCUCGCCGGCAAGAGACAGACAAAUACAAAGACCACAUUGACCCCAACAAUUUUGCCGAAGUAGCCCGUCAAAAAGGAUAUAAAAGCAAGGACGAGGUGGACGCAGAAGUAGCCAAGGAAACUGAAAA